CUAAAGGAACAACGUAGGAGGUCGCAUUUUCAUCUCCCUCCCACCCUCCCCGGGGUUUUCCUAGCAUGACUUCAAAUGCCUAUAAUUCCCUCGGUGUGACUGCUUUCCUAAGAGGAGAGCAAUUAAAUCAAGGUCCUGCAUAGACUUUGCAGAGAGCUGUCCUUCUCCAGCAGCAGCCAGUGAGGAGGGCUCCUCUGGAUUUCAGCUCCCUGGGCUGUGUUUCAUCAAGUCCUUUGCCAGGGCCUCUCCGGCAGGCAAGCGGUGUCAACAAGUGUCGCACCUACUGCAGAAAACGGCCCUCAAGUUUCAUCACAGUGAUGCUGAAAAAUAUUCUCUAGCCUCAGCAGUGACCUAGUUCGUUCAAGGGCAGGCAAAACAUGCUCUUCUUCCAGAACUUGCUUGGACACGGACUCUUGCCUCUUAGGAAGACAUGAGUUUUUCUGAAACAGACCCAACUGCACUUUGAUCUGUUUGUGGACAGGACCCUGAAUCUGAGUCCCUGUCAGGGGACAAGGACAUAAGGACGUUCAAUCAGUGCUUCACAAACAGCCAGGAGACCCCCAACAACGAGCCAGCCCUCCAAUAACAUCUCCCGGAUAAACAGUAUUAAAAAAUCACGUGGCAUGAAAGGAUGACAGAUCCAGGCUGCCUUCAGAGGCACAGGCUGUGUUUUUUAUCAACGUUACUUUCCCAGAAGGUUCCGGAGAAGUCUGAUGUCGUGCUUCGAUGCAUGAUAGCUGGUCAGCCCAAGCCAGAGGUGACUUGGUAUAAGAAUGGUCACGUCAUAGACAAGGGAGGCACCAUGUCCAGUUACGAAUUCUUUGAGAACCAGUAUAUUCAUCUGCUACAUCUCUCAUGCUGUACCCAGAGCGACGCCGCUGUUUAUCAAGUCUCUGCAAGAAGCUGCGUGGGGAUGAUCUGCUGUUCGGCAUCUGUCGAGGUCCAGCGUCUGCAGGACGCUCAGGUGUCUCCUGACCCAGGAGGAGGCAGGGAUGCACCUGGCAAACGUGAAACAGAGCCACGUGAAGAAGAGAGCGUAAAUCACUCGGACGAGAAAUGGAGCCCUUGUAAGGAAGAAGAAAGUAUGGCCCCGGGGGCUUGCAUGCCAGCUGGUUCCUCCCCCCACGAAUUCAACCACUCAUGUUCACCCCAGAUAGCGGCCAAUUACGACUCUGGUGCUUCCAAUUCUGAGAAUCCUGUAGAUGUUAAAGAGACAAGACGGGAGCCUUACAAUUCAAAUAACACGCAAGAAAAUUCCUUGCAUGCAAAUAACACUACCGGAAACCAAGAUGUAUACCAGCACAGGACAGGGCACGGCACUGUCCCAGAGUUACUUGGUGAUGGCCUACGUAGCAAAGGGUCUAAUGAGAAGAGUGUCACCCCGAGUCAUCAGAACCCCAAAGCACAGAAAUACAUCAGUUUCAGCCUUCCGCUGCCGGAGGCUACCCCGUGUCCUUACCCAGGUGACAGCACCUCCUUCAUCAUGCAGCCCGGCCCACAGGUUUCCAGCGAGGACUCUGACAGUGACUAUGAACUUUGCCCAGAGAUAACCCUAACCUACACGGAGGAGUUUUCAGAUGAUGACCUGGAGUAUUUGGAAUGUUCCGAUGUUAUGACGGAUUACUCUAAUGCCGUCUGGCAAAGGAGCCUGCUGGGGACUGACCGAGUUUUUUUAUUAGAAAGCGAUGACGAAGAGAUGGAAUUCAAUGAGUGUGGCCUGGGUGGGCGUGAGCCUCUCCUUAGUGAAAUGGGUCGUGGGCCUCAGGUGUCGGGUGACAUGGGGCCUAGGAAUGCCACCACUGGCUUGUGUAGUUAUCACUCACAACCCCGGGAAGUGGGGGUCAGGAGCAGUGGAACCUCCAGGCACAGUCCCUUACCCCGGCAUGCAGCAAUGACUCUCACUCUGGGACCUCACCAGGAUGGAACAGCUAAAAUGACUGAACCGGGGAGGGCUCCGCUCCCUACUGCUUCCGAGGCUGUUGAAAAUGAUUGUCCAGGAAUUCGGGGAGAAACCAGAGACAAGCCUGAAGCAGCAGAGGAAUUCUCCGGUGACAGUCUGCAAACCAUGGAUAAGGGAGAGGCAGAGGCAGAGGUGAAGCCCUUGUCUGGGAGGUUAGACAAGUCAGAGGUGAAGCAAGGUCUGAAAAGCCUGGCUGGGGAAAGAUCCGAGGAAAAGCACCCAGGCAGCAGGAAAACUGCCCCGAGACUCACCAGGGCGAGGCGGCCCGGAGUGAAGGCUAAUGCCAAGAAGCAGCUGCUGAAAGACAGUGCCCCCAAAGGCACGCUUGAUCCGCUCCCCAAGGAACCGACUAGGCACCCCUUAACCGGGAGCUAUGGACAAGAGACCACACACACCGAGGCAGGAGCUCCUGGCUGGAAUUCCCACUUCCAUGCAGAACUGUGUAUUCCGCUUCCUGCAGAGCAAGGCUCCAAAACCCCUGGACCACCAGUGGACCCACUUCCGAAAGAAGGGGACACAUGCUUUGAGGGAGAAGCGGAAUUGCUUAAUACAUUAUCUGAAGCAAGCCAGAUUUCAGACCAGACUGAUCAUCUUCAGAUGCAAAUUCAGGAAACCAUUGGGGAGAGAAAUUAUCUCGACCAGAUGCCAGCUUUCUCCCUGCCGGCUGAGGAAGACUCUUCAUUCACUCGGACCACAACAAAUUUUGUCUCCCACUUGAGUGAGAUCAACAAGGAAAAUGCAUCAUUGGCUCCAUACCUGGACCUGGAAAGCUGUCCUCAAGGGCCCCAGCAGGAAGCCGGACAAAACAGAGAAGGCAGCAGGCCUGGUGACCUCUGGGCAGAACCAGCACGUGAACUGAGUCCCCUAGUAGGCAGCGAGGAAGAAGUGUCCCAGGUUCGACCCUCAGCGCACCUCCCUUGGGGUGACAGUGCCCACUGCAGGGAGCCAGAGGCUCUCUCGGCCACCUUCUCUCAGGCCACUGCCCCCUCCCUCCCCCUGGAAAAUGUGGGCAGUGGGUCAAGGGACAGACAAACUGUUCGUGUGAUGGGGUGUUUUGAAGCCGGUGACCAAGAAACAUGUUGUGCUACCAUGGAUCUUCCCGUUGGAGCACCGGCUGAUAAAUAUUUGCCUCAAGAAAUUUGCCCCGUGGACUUGGAACCGACGGAAGGUCAAAGCCAAGUGUGUGAUUUAUGUUCUCCUGACCAGACGUUGGCCAUUCCUCAGACACGAGGUUCUGAGUCUCCGCAGUCCACAGAUGAGUGCAGCAGGGAUGGAUUGCCGGGGGUGUCCACCUCUCACGGCGCCUUCACCUGGAACAUGCCACAGGAGACCGGCGAAGGUGUUCCAGGGGCAACUCCAGCUGAUGAGGGAAGCUCUCCCUCCAUCCUCUCCUCCACGGUACCCUACAACUUCGGAGGGCUUGGGGAGACACAGCCCCUUUGCUCUGAGAAGAACUCCUUUGAAGGAGACUGGGAAAGCUCCAGUCUUGGUGUUCCAGUCGCCAUGGACGCUCUUGCCGGUUACAGUGCAGUCGGAGGAUGCCCCAAAGAGCAGUCAACAGAAUCAGCCGCUGAGGUUGAUGGCCGUCAGGUGACCUGGGAGACCGAGGACACGUUAGCGGAUGCCCCCCAAGUCCAUGCAAUCAAAUGCCGCACUGUGUCAGUUCUUGAGGACGGCAACCCUGUGGAUGGUGCUGACCAGGCCUCAUGCGAGGCCCACGAGGAAAAUAAUUUCCAUUCUCUUUCCAGUAUACACUCAGGCCAUUCUUUAAGCAGCUCCCCAAGUGUAAUAACCAGGGAGAUGCUUAUCCCAGCAACCAGUAUUCCAGGAGCUCACGGCCACUUCUCACUGCCUGAAGGACAGGGUCUGUGGAGCGCUUCCUUUCAGACUGAUAACCAGCCUGGACAUAAUAAGAGCCAGGCAGUGGAAGGAGCCCGCCGCGGAGGCCUUGAAGAAGACUUCCAGGAAAAGGGAAGUGAAAGAAAACAGUGCAUCCAACCACAGAGCACAUCCCACCAGUGUCCUCUUUCUGCAAAUGAUUUCCAAGAAAUUUUGCCCCUGGUAUCCGCCACGCAACAGGAGUCCGCUGUGGAACCCUUUGAGCACUCCCUAGCAUAUUCCGGGGAAGACACCGGGCGUAGCCCCGACCCAAGGACCAGUGUCUCAGUGGCGGCUGAGAAGAUGAUGGAAGACAACAGUCAGUCACUAAGCAAUGUCCCAUCUCUCCCGGACCUCCUCCUUGGAGAAAAAGGAGACACUGGACUAGGAGGUUGGGCGGUGGGCAGCAAGGUGAAGAUCAUAACGCUGGAAGCUCCUGUGUAUGAAACCUGGCCACCAGAACAAGCGACCCAUUCUGGGUACAAGGAGGCAGAAGUUGGUCUCACAGUCCCUGGCAGGGGCUGGGCUCUGUCUGAUAUCCUAAGAGCAGGUGCUGCUACCAGGCCUGAGCCAGGUGCCUUGGGAGUAGUAGCAUGGGCUCCCAGCCCUCAGGCUGAUGCUCUCACAGCUCUUACUGCCAACAGGGACACCUGUGCAGGUGAUACAUCGGCCACACACGCAUAUUUCGACAGUCUGUCUUCCCAGUGUCCGGGCCAAGCCGGACUCCUGGAGUCAUCUGUAGAUCCUGUGGAGGAAGAGAGGUCAGAUGUCACAGCCUGUCCACCAGAGGCUUCCAAAAGUGGAGAGAUGGAAAGUGUUGAAACCGUGAAUGAAGAACAGGAAGAAAAUCAGGGCAAGCUGUGUCAGCCCGCCUUUGCUGCCUCUGUGAACUUCCCUAGCAUCCUGGAGUCCUCUGUGGAUCCCAUUGAUGGCAGAAGUGAGAUGGAGUGUGUCUGGUCUGAGAAGCCAGAGCCCUCUGACUCCAACGCCGAAGGGAACGGAUCCACCGAUGGAAACACAUGUCAGAGGGCAGACAUCCAACCUGCUACCCAGCAGGUCCCACAUCCCCAGAACAGUGGGGAAAUCAUUCCAAACAAAAGCACAAUCAGCCACAAUCAGGCAGACCGUGAGCAAGCAGAUGCCAGACAAAGCGAGGCUAAGAACGCAAAAGCAGAGGCCCAGCCUGCGAUUGACCAAGCCCAAGGUCCUGGGGAAGAGAGACAAAGAAUUCCAAGUGUAUGCAAGGAGAGCCAAAUAGAAGACGGUAAUGACAGAAGCCUAGGAAAGGCAGGGCAGAUGAGAAAGGACAAGGCUGAGUUCAUUUCCCCCAUACCACCUCUUUCUAGUCUCGUAGGAAUGACUCCUGCAUCUGUCGAGGUUGAUCCCAACGACUCCACGGUCCACAUUUUUGGUGGAUCUGAGCCCAGAAAUCACCAAGAUGGACCUCCUACGUGGAAGGAAAAAGGAACCAUUGAGAGCGCAUGUGGGAAACAUGUGCCCUCUUCGAGUGAUCUCACACGGACACCUUGUACUUCGUCUCCCAAAGGAAAUGUCACACGCUUGUCACUAAGCCGUGACAUUGAGGAAGUGAAAUCAGAGGAACUCCAAAUUGCGGAAACCAAACCCCCAAACUCAUCCGACUCCCCAACAAAGACCUUGGCUUUCAUUUCAGGAGAAUGUGAGUCAGAGAAAGCCCCCGAAGGCUUAUUACUUAAGGACCUGUGUCAAACGGGCUCCACCCUGGAGAGCAGGAAAAAGUCCAGAGAGGAACAGCAGAAGCGUGUGGCGGCCCCGACCAGCAAGGCCCCUGGGGCCCAAUCAGCGAUGGCUGGGCCGGAGGGGGACAAGAAAAAACAAGAGGGGAGCGGACACUUAGCCGCAGGGGUGAAGAAGAAAAUUCUAUCCAGGGUCGCAGCCCUGAGACUGAGACUGGAGGAGAAGGAAAAUCUGAGGAAGAGCUCCAUUCUGAAGAAAACGCCCAAGUUCGAAAAGUCCCUGUCCCGCACUGACGAGAAAAGAGACCCCAAAAAGGCCCCUUGCAAAGCAGAAGGGAAAGCUCCAGUAUUGCUGAAGAAGAUCCAGGCCGAGAUGGCUCCCGACCACUCUGGAAAUGUGAAGCUGAGCUGCCAGUUUGCGGAAAUUCACGAAGAUUCUACCAUCUGGUGGACAAAAGAUUCGAAGUCAAUAGCCCAGGUCAAGAGAAGCGCAGGGGACAACUCCAGUGUUUCCUUGGCCAUCGUCCAAGCUGGUCAGAAGGACCAGGGCCUCUAUUACUGCUGCCUCAAGAACAGUUAUGGAAAAGUCACUGCUGAGUUUAACCUCACAGCUGAAGUUCUCAAACAGCUUUCAAGUCGCCCGGAAUAUCGAGGAUGUGAAGAGAUCGAAUUCAGCCAGCUCAUCUUCAAGGAGGACGUUUUCAAUGACAGCUACUUCGGGGACCACCUACGUGGCCAGAUCUCCACGGAGGAGCUUCACUUUGGGGAAGGGGUGCACCGCAAAGCUUUCCGCAGCACGGUGAUGCAGGGCCUGAUGCCCGUCUUCCAGCCCGGCCACGCAUGCGUGCUCAAGGUGCACAACGCUGUGGCCCAUGGGACCAGAAACAAUGAUGAACUUGUGCAGAGGAACUACAAGCUCGCUGCCCAGGAAUGCUACGUUCAAAAUACUGCCAGAUACUAUGCCAAGAUCUACGCCGCUGAAGCUCAGCCUCUGGAAGGCUUCGGAGAGGUGCCAGAGAUCAUCCCUAUUUUCCUCAUCCAUCGGCCCGAGAACAACAUCCCUUACGCCACAGUGGAAGAGGAGCUGAUUGGAGAAUUCGUGAAGUACUCCAUCCGCGAUGGGAAGGAAAUCAACUUCCUCAGAAGGGACUCGGAGGCUGGUCAGAAGUGCUGUACCUUCCAGCAUUGGAUAUACCAGAAAACCAGUGGCUGCCUCCUGGUCACGGACAUGCAGGGUGUGGGAAUGAAGUUAACGGACGUUGGCAUAGCAACACUAGCCAAAGGGUACAAAGGAUUCAAGGGCAACUGUUCCAUGACCUUCAUCGACCAGUUCAGAGCACUGCACCAGUGUAACAAGUACUGUAAAAUGCUGGGCCUGAAAUCCCUCCAAAACAACAGCCAGAAGUCGAAGAAAACAAGCACCGGGAAAAGCAGAGUGCAGCAGACAAGCUCGGCCCCAGCGAAGACGCCCGAGUCCGGGACCCCCACGGAAAAGAAAACCUAGCAUCCCUCGACCCUGAGUAACCAGUGACCACCCACUGGCGGCACACAGGCUUCCAAGUGGACCUCUGCCGACACACAGGGGACAGGAACCUGCAGCCUGCAGGGUGUCCCAGGCCUCCCCAGCCUUCGGUCACGGUCACUCGCAGUCUGCCCAGAUGACUUUGGAAUGGGUCUUUGUGACUAGCCUUGUAGGGAGACCCGUCAGCUCUCAAAGACGGUCUCAAAGACAGUCCACUUGCUGUGGACACACUAGCGUUUCUACCCACCUCACGUCGUGUGUCUGUCUGUGUGUUGCACGUGGUUUGUUGUCCACGAGUUCCAUGCUGCCUGGCAACCGGCCGCUGUCAAAAUCCUUCCCGCUUCGUCUCCUCACCUCAGGAUUUCUGGACAUUUCUGCUGAAAUCAUGAACGUCAAGUUGCUGUAUGAGUGAAUGUCACCCAUGCUAUUGUUGCUGGAGGUGGCUUCCCAGGGGUGAGGCCGUUUCCAAGCACUGUUCACACAGCCUGGCACAGUGUUCUGUUUCAUUAAAUUCAUAUCUAAGCAAAAAGGGUAAAAGGUGUUCGCGUCGUCACAGCCACUUGUUCAUUAGGAUCUGUGCUUUUUCCACAUUCCUCCAAGGUUUUGUAAUUUAGAAGUUUCCUAACAGGUCUACCGGAGCACAUAAUAUCUACAUCUGUGUUUUCUCAUCUUACAGCCGAGGUCCCAUCACUUUCUAAACGUGGUCUCCCUGGGGUGCUAGUUAGGUAGGGUGUCACAGCUACAGAGAUCCUGCCCCCCCCUUACUCCUUAUGGGUCUCCUCGAGGCCACACCUCCUUCCCUGUGGUAUUCUGGGAAGGGCGGAAGCUAUGGCGGAUGUGCCUGGCCGCCUUUUCGGGUCGCUGCCUUGCCUGGCUUCUUUGGCUUUACUGUCUGUUCUCCGCUGGGCCUGGCGGCAGAGACUCAUCAUCCUAGCUACUGAGGAGGCAGAAGCAAGAGGGUGAAAAGUUCAAGAUCAGCAUGGAUAACUUGGUGAGUCUCUGCCUCAAAGAAGAAAAGGGUAAAUGAGCUGGGAUUAUAGCUCAAUGGGGGAGCGACCAGAAGAAGGCCUUUGGGUUCAAUCACAACGAUGGGAAACGAAACCCUCUUCUCUUCCACAUGGGAUAGUUUGAUGUCAAAGGGAACACGGGUGAGAAUUUUUUUU